UGGCGGGAAGAUUCUGAGAUCAGAAAUCCGCCAAAAUUCACUGACAUUUUUUUUUUUGUUUUUUUGAAGGAUUUAAAACCCAUUGAAUUCAUUUCAAUUUCCUCACAUGUCUUUCCUCGAAGAAUUUCAAGCCAGGCUAGUGAAACAGAAUGAGCAACGAUGUGAGCAAGAAAUUGAGGAUAUUAAGCGGGGAGUUAAAUGUGGAAACAUUACUCCUGAUACUUCACUCAUCCGAUUCUCUGAUGAAGCUCUUGAUGAGCAGAAGCAUAGCAUUAGAAUUGCCGAUGAAAAGGUUGCCCUUGCCGUUCAGGCAUAUGAUUUGGUAGACACUCACAUACAACAGCUUGACCAGUAUUUGAAGAAUUUUGAUGAAAAGCUUCGUCAUGAAAGGGGGAGUGCUGCUGCAAGUGGGUUACCAGCUUCUAGUAUGGAUGGUGGUACAAAAUCUGGACGGGGAACAGAAGGUGGUAGAGGAGGGCGUAAAAAAACCCGGCAUGGCCAGACUGCGGCUGCAGCUGCUGCAACAGAAGCAUCAACUGCUGCAACUCCCACAGGAAUGGAACUCGAAUUACCGGUUGAUCCAAACGAACCAACUUACUGCCUCUGCAACCAAGUUAGUUACGGGGAGAUGGUUGCCUGUGAUAACCCUAAUUGCAAGAUCGAAUGGUUUCAUUUUGGCUGUGUUGGUCUAAAAGAACAACCGAAAGGAAAAUGGUACUGUUCAGAUUGCGCGGGCUCGAAAGGUCGCCGAAAAGGAAGAUAAUACAGGGAAGAAGUGAAGUUUCAUCCGAUGUGAGCAAGGCCCUUCCGUUGCAGGGUAAAAUGGGGUUGCUUAACUACAAUCUACUCCACAAGAAGGUUCUUGUGCUCGUGUACUAUAGUUUAUGUAUGUACUUUGAGCUAACGUUCAGAUUGGUAUCAAUUUAUAAAUCUUAUCCAUCAAUAAAUGGUAGAU